AUGGCGAAACGCCGAGCGGCUGAUGCUGGCAAUGGGGGAGCAGGAGGCGGACGAGGCCGUGGCAAGGCCAGAGCCAAGGCCAAAACGGCUCCAGAGGCGGAGUCCAGUGAUGAGACGUCGUCUCCCCUCUCACCGGACUCCGAGCCAGAUCCAUCCGCCAGACCAAUGGCAUCCUCGCUUCCGGCUGGACCUCCGCCUCCGACUCCGGUCAACCUGCCUGGACUAUCGAGUGCUGCUGGCUCUCCGCCUGCCAAAGCUCGACCAGCUGGACCACCUCCACCCAGCCCUGCAUCGACACCUCGCAUAUUGCCGGCGACUUUCGCAGGUGCUUUGCGAGCCUCGGCAGAGAUGGGAGUCUCGGUGGGCAACUCCAACGACCGGACCAGGAUCUCCGACUCCAAGGGCGCCCACUCCCACGACCAGAGCUGGAUCGUCUCAGCAAAGCGCUCCAAUCAUGGUUCCAAUACCUCCGCCGGGGAUCCAGUACAUUGUGCGAGUCAGUGCCUUGGUGGAGAGGCCUCGACCGCCGCCAUGAUCUUGAUGAUCUUUCUUGCCCUGUGCUCUUACCGCACACAGUCUUCCACCCGGGAUGGAUGCGAUUCCACCGGCACUGACUCGCCUCGUGCACAGCCCUUAGUUGACUGGACGUGGUGCACCUACUGGACAUACGCCUUGCUCGCCUCCGACAGGUGCUACGGUUCCUCCCCUGUGUGGCCGGUGUAUCACGUCUGUGCCUCACAGCCUGUCGCAUUGCAACCAGAGUUUCUAUUCAAUCAUGGUGAUACCCCCUGGGCAGCCCAGCACUGGGCCACGAGCCAGCUUUACACUGGCACUGGGGCCCAAGCUAGCCUUACGGUGCCCCAGCAGUCGUCCUGGAUCGCUGUGAUCAGUGAUUCCCUUCUCCUUAAAGUGCCAUGGCCCACUCAGAUCCCUCCUCCUCGGAUCUUGAGGAUCGGGCUCCGCUCAUGCAUCUUGUGGGAACUCCAAAUGCAGAACCGGCUGGACCUCCGAUUCCGACACCUGUGGCUGCCUGUGGCACCCAUGGGUCCUGCGCGACGUGCCAGACGUAGUCGGGGUGGAGACCAGCACUCACGAAGCCGAAGCCCACUACGCCCUCACUCCAUGUUCUGGGAGGUUCCUCCAACGACGACCAGACCAGUUCGGGGGCAAGUUCUCACCAGCUCUGAGGGCAGACAGGAGGUUACCUUGGAGAUACCUAUUGAUGUCUCAAUGCUGGCAACGGCGACUCCAAGCACGGUCCUGGCCAUUACCAUUCGGCUGCAUCCGUAUGAUGGAACCCCCUCAUCCUAG